AUGAUCUCUGGACAGAUCCAACCAUUUGUUCCAAGGCUGACUGUUGCCCGGAGAAAGGAGGCGCUGGAACUGAGAAAGACUAUGAAACCGUUGAUGGAAAAGAGAAGGCGCGCACGUAUCAACCAGAGCCUCAAUCAACUGAAAACUCUCAUACUUCCUUUGACCGGCAAAGAUAAAUCUCGACACUCAAAGCUUGAAAAAGCUGAUAUCCUUGAGAUGACCGUGGGAUUCCUCAGUGAUAUGCCCGCUCAAACCAAACGUUCAACUGACAAUUACAAAGAAGGGUACAAAGCAUGUCUCCAGCGCGUAUCCGCUUUACUCUCCAAGACGAACCUGGACAAAGACGCCUGCCAGCGGGUGAACGAGUUUAUUCAGCAGUCCAUGUCUACGUCUGUCACCCCAGCAUGUCAGAACUGUUGCACCCAGAACUCCAGAGCCGUCUCCCAGAUUCAACAGAGAACCAUGAGCCUCAAAGCUAAUCUUAGUUCCAGAGUUGAGAACCACUCACACAUCAGAGGUCCCCUUGCCAACCGACCACAACCGGUGCCACAAGCUGUCAAUGCUAACAUGUGGAGGCCUUGGUAG